UUGAGAACAAAAAAUCCUUAGCCGGUAAAACUUUGCUUUUCUUCUCUCUUGGAGUCCACUUUUGUCUCUCAUCCUCUCAUAUUCAUUGACCUAUAUUUCUUCAUGCAUGAGAAGAUCUCUAUAAACAAGCAAUUGAUCAAAGUUUCCUAAAAAAUUCAAAGUUUACUUAACAACACCCUAAUUGAUUUCUCACAAAAAACAUGGACAAGGAGAGAGUGCAAGCCAUUGCCUCAGCCACCAUGGAUACUAUCCCACCAGAGUUCAUCCGGCCGGAGAAUGAACAGCCAGGAUCGACAACGUUCCAUGGCCAGCUGCCAGAGGUCCCGGUCAUCGACCUGUCGAUCCUGGAUGAGGGAAAGCUUGUGGAGUUGAUUGACAAUGCCAGUUGCAAAUGGGGCAUGUUCCAAGUGGUGAACCAUGGCAUACCAGAGGAUGUCAUAGGCAAGUUGCACAUAGCUUAUGUCAAGUUUAAUGAGCUACCACAGGAAGAGAAAGAGGUGUAUGCUAAGCCUCCCGGGGCUAAAAGUGUGGAAGGGUAUGGAACAAAGUUGCAAAAGGAAGUGGAAGGCAAGAAGGGAUGGGUUGAUCAUUUGUUUCAUAAGAUUUGGCCUCCUUCUGCUAUUAACUACCAGUUUUGGCCUAAAAAUCCACCUCAUUAUAGGGAGACUAAUGAGGAGUAUGCAAAGCAUCUGCAUGGGGUGGUUGACAAGAUGCUUAGGACAUUGUCAUUAGGGUUAGGGCUUGAAGGGGAUGAUAUGAAGAAAGCAGUGGGUGGAGAUGAGUUAGUUUACUUGAUGAAGAUCAAUUAUUACCCACCAUGCCCUCGUCCUGAUCUGGCACUUGGUGUGGUGGCCCACUCUGACAUGUCAGCAAUAACAAUUCUAGUCCCCAAUGAAGUCCAAGGCCUCCAAAUCUUCCAAGCAGAUGGCUACUGGUAUGAUGUCAAGUAUAUCCCUAAUGCCCUCAUCAUCCAUAUUGGUGACCAAGUUGAGAUCUUAAGCAAUGGCAAGUACAAGGCUGUGCUUCAUAGAUCAACGGUGAACAAGGAGAAGACCAGAAUCUCAUGGCCAGUGUUCUUGGAGCCCCCACCAGACUUUGAAGUGGGCCCACAUCCUAAGCUUGUUAACAAAGAAAAUCCCCCAAAUUACAAAACCAAGAAGUUUUGUGAUUAUGUUUAUUGCAAGCUCAACAAAAUUCCACAGUAAUUGGUUUGGGUCAGAAUCUUUUGUCUCAAAAUAUUUAUAAUCGUUGAGUUAUUACAAAUUUUAAAAUAUAAUAUUUUUAAAAAAUGAUUUAAUAGAUGUAAAUAUUUUGAUACUGAAGACCGGAAAAUUUUGAAAAUAUCAAUGUGAUGGUUCUCUCUAUUGAUGUAUGCAAGUCAUUGGAUUUGUCGUCUUGCAUAGGUAACAGUAGAUGUAGGGAUAUUUUGUUUGUGUAAUUAAUUAUGAAGUUUCGUUGUAGUCACAAAAAAGUGAUA